AUGUCUGCCCCACGAAAGACCCUCCUAGUCACCGGUGCCACUGGCAAACAAGGCGGCGCUCUCAUCCAGAGUCUCCUUUCCGCCCCCGACACGGCCGGCUUCAACAUCAUCGCCGUAACGCGCGACGUCGCCAGCCCCCGCGCGCUGAAACUUGGCUCGAAUUUCAACGUGUCCGUCGUGGAUGGCGACACGGCCCAGCCGGAGGCCAUAUUCCAAAAAGUCGGCCCUGUAUGGGGCGUGUACAGCGUGCAGGUUAACUCGGACACCGAGGAGCAGCAAGGCAAGGCAAUCGUCGACGCGGCGGUCGCGCAUGGUGUGCGCCACUUCGUCUACUCGUCAGGUGACCGCGGUGGCCCUGAGAAGUCGCCCGUCAAUCCCACCAAAGUCAAGAAUUUUGCUGCCAAGUACCACAUUGAAAAUCACUUGAUAGAGAGGGCCGCGGCCAGCCCACAACAGAUGACAUACACGAUCCUGCGGCCGGUUACAUUUUUCGAGAAUCUCACUACCGAUAUCCAUGGGAAGGGCUUCGCCCGCAUGUGGGAACAAAUGGGGGACAAGAAGCUGCAGUUCGUGUCGACCCGGGAUAUUGGUCGGGUUGCGGCUUACAGCUUCAUGCAUCCCGAUGACUACCGCAAUGUUGGCCUGACACUGGUGGGCGAUGAGCUAACACAAAGGGAGGCCGAGGUUACGUUCAAGGCUGUCGUGGGAUCAUCUAUGCCCAUGGCCCCUUGCCCUGUGGCUUCUACGGUCAAGUUUUUGUUGAAGGGCACCGUGGGCGAUAUGUUCCGUUGGUUUGAACAUGAAGGGUAUGGAGGUGAUGUGGCCGAAUGCCGUCAGCUCUACCCUGGGAUGAAGGACUUCAAAGCCUGGAUCGAGGAGAAUAAGGAGCAGUGGUUGUGA